AUGAAUGAAACAACUGCUAGAACAUAUUUGAAAAUAAAAUAAAGAAAGAAACCCUUGUAGACUCUUACCUAAGAGGAUGAUUAAGAAGAACAAUAUUUUCAAAAUUUAGAGGAACAAAAAUAAAUUGAUGAAUCUGUUUGUUUCGAAUUCAAAAGAAUGACUAUAUCGGAUGAAUUAGAAGACACAAUUGAGAUAAUCGGAGCAAGGAAAAAAAAUAAGUAACAAAUGGGGGAUUUCUAUUAUAUAUGUGAUUUAAAUAAUCUCAAAAUUUAACAAACCAUGAUUAGUUUUAAAUCAACUGGGAAAAGCGAGAAAUCGGAAUUAUGUCUAAGAGGCAUCCUAAGACUGUUUUCAUCUAGUCCAAAUUGA